CGCACCAAUCUAAUGGAUGCAAGUACCAACGAAGAACUAAGGCGCUCCCUAGCCAAACGAGAGAUACGACAAGUAGCUGAAUUAGAGGAAAAGAUUCAAAAGGCAAUCCUCAUGGAGGAGGCGCUAGGGGCAAAGGAGGAGGAGCAAGGAAGUGGGUCCAGGCGCCCAGCUCAAAAUGGGAGGGGCGAGGCGCCUAGAACCAGAAGACGAAGUCCAGAUCGACGAGAUGAUGCCCGACGUCCCAAUGUCUGUGUAAGAAGAGACGUUCUUGCAAAUUCACAAGAGCCUCGCCGAGACCGAACCAACCGUGAGAAUACAAACCAACCUCGGGGGCAAGCAGAUAUGUACUGCGAGUAUCACAACUCUCGCACCCAUAACACCGUUGACUGCCACUACUUCAAAAAAGCACUUAAGAUAAUCUCUGAUCGGGGAGGAGUAAGAGAAAUGUUCCAGAAAGCAGAACAAGGAAAUCGGUCCCCGCGGGAGCGCAGUCGCUCUCCAGCCGCAAGACCACCAGUACAGGAGCGCCUGGGUCCUAAUCCGAACGUCAAAGAGAUAAGAACCAUCACAGGAGGGGAGCCCAACCGAAAGAAGAAGUGCAAGGGGCAAGCGAGUGACACAUGGUGUAUGAAGAUCGCAAAACAAGAGGGUCCCGACUUGUCAUUUACAUCACAAGAUUAUCCCCCGGAGGGCCCGUCUGAAAAUCCCCUUGUCAUCAACAUACAGGUGGAAGGGUACAAGGUGUUCCGAGUACUAGUAGAUAGUGGGAGCUCCGCUGACAUACUGUUCUAUUCCUGCUGGCGCCAAAUGCAAGCACCUCCUGAGGUCAUGAAAGCCUCAGAAGCUCAACUUGUCGGCUUUUCUGGAGCAAAGGUGAAGGUACUAGGGACUGCGCGCUUAAGAGUCAAGGUAGGAGAUGAGGAACCAAGUGCCACGCACCCGGUGGACUUCCACAUUGCCGACUGCGCAUCCGCAUAUAAUGCCAUCCUAGGGAGGCCCUUCCUAGCUCGGUUCGGAGCUGUAGCGUCAACCUGCCAUCAGGCGAUGAAAUUCCAAACACCCCAGGGAAUGGGGAUAGCCAGGGGAGAUGCGAAGGCAGCAAAAGCGUGCUAUGCGGCGACCAUUCACAAGCCAAAAAUACACACGAUCGAUGCCAGACCAACGGAGGUGCCGCGCCCUGGAGCAGUUGAUUCAGAGAUAGAACUACCAUUGGACCCUGACGAUCCGAGCCGGGUUGUCCGACUCUCCGCCCAUCUACCAGAGCACAUGCGUCUCCCAAUGAUCAACCUGUUAAGGGAGUACGCUGAUCUGUUUGCUUGGAGCCCCGAAGACAUGCCAGGUGUCUCUAGGGAUCUUAUGGAACACAAGCUCUCCGUCAAACCAGAGAGCGUACCAGUACAACAAAAAAGGAGGGGGGCAUCGUUGGCAAGGAGGGUGGCCAUGAUGGAAGAGGUACAGAAGCUGCUUAAGGCAGGUUUUAUUAGAGAAGUACAAUACCCGAAAUGGUUGGCAAACACAGUAUUGGUCAAGAAGCACAAUGGGACAUGGCGAAUGUGCAUCGACUUCACCUCGCUAAACAAAGCAUGCCCGAAGGACCCAUAUCCACUGCCAAGGAUUGACCAGCUAGUCGAUGCCACCUCAAAUCAUGAGAUGUUAAGCUUUCUUGACAUGUUUUCAGGAUACCACCAGAUCCCUCUCAGCAAAGAGGAUCAAGAAAAAACAACUUUCAUGACCCCGUACGGGAACUAUUGCUAUAUAGUGAUGCCAUUCGGCUUAAAGAACGCAGGUGCUACCUAUCAUAGAAUGGUGGACAAAGUCUUUGGAGGGCAGAUAGGACGAAAUGUGGAGGCAUACGUGGAUGAUGUGCUAAUCAAAAUUAAGAAAGAGGGUGACCACCUGAGCGACUUAAGGGAGACGUUUGAGAACCUGAGGCGUCACAAUAUGAAGCUUAACCCCCUCAAGUGCGUGUUCGGGGCAGGUGCGGGUCAAUUCUUAGGCUUCAUGAUCACUCGCCGCGGUAUUGAGGCUAAUCCGAAACAGAUAAAGGCAAUUGCCGAACUCAAGUCGCCAAGGACAGUAAAGGAAGUUCAGGGAUUAGCAGGUAAACUCGCCGCGCUCAAUAGAUUCAUUCCAAGGUCAGCGGAUAGGUGCGCCCCCCUCUUCAAUUCUCUAAAGAAAAAAUCCAAGUUCAAAUGGACGGAAGCAUGUGAGAAAGCAUUCGAGGAGAUGAAAACUUUGCUGGUGAACCCCCCUAUCCUUGUGGCUCCACAGGAGGGAGAGCGUUUGUUCCUUUACAUAGCCAUAUCAGACGUAGCUAUCAGUGCGGUGCUCGUCAGGCGUCACUCUGAAACUCUUGCAGACCAGCCAGUGUACUACAUCAGCAAAACGCUCCUACCAACUGAAAGGAGGUACCCAAUCAUUGAGAAGGCAGCCCUGGCAUUGGUAACUGCCGCCCAAAAGCUGAGACCUUAUUUUCAAGGACACACGGUCACCGUACUGACCAACCUACCAAUGAAAAGAAUUCUGCAUAGUACGAGUGCUUCAGGACGCUUAACUAAAUGGGCAGUUGAGCUAAGUGAGUUUGAUAUACAAUACGCUUCCCGCCCUUCCAUCAAAGCUCAAAUCCUGGCAGACUUCUUAGCAGAGGGUACGAUCAAGCCUACAGGAACCGAUGAAGGGAGAUGGAAGCUGUUCGUUGAUGGAGCGGCAAGUAAGACAGGUGCAGGCGCCGGUAUAAUCUUGGAAACACCGGGUGGUGUCACACACGAAGUAGCCUUGCGAUUCUCGACACUCAAGACCAACAACGCGGCCGAAUACGAAGCACUAAUCAACGGCAUGCGCAUUGCGGAGGAGUUAGGGGCGAGGCGCCUAGAUGUUUUUUCUAACUCCGCAUUGGUGGUUCGACAGGUGUUGGGAGAAUUCGAAGUCAAGGAAGAUUGUUUGCUGCGCUUUGUGGAAGAGGCAAAGAAGAGAGCACAGGUUUUCGAGGAUUGGAAACUAUCCCAUAUAGCACGAGGGGAUAACGCGCAUGCGGAUGCGCUUUCCAAGCUAGCUACCGCUGUUGACUUUGAGGAGGAGCGACAUGUAAUUUUCGAGAAGGAAAGCCCAAGCACCCCAGGAAUGGGGGUGAAUAGUGUUAAUGUCGGUAAGGAAGAGCAGGAUUGGAGGGUGCCAAUCGUUGAAUACCUCAUGAAUGAUACCCUUCCAACAGAUCCGAAAGAAGCCACGGGAGUAAGAAGGAGAGCGGCGCGUUGCACCAUCAUCGGCUCGGAGCUACACCGACGGUCGUACGAAGGAGUAUACCUUAGGUGUCUGGGAAAGGCUGAGGCAAAGUGGGCUCUCCGUGAGAUUCACGAGGGCGUGUGUGGUGGACAUGGGGGGCCGAGAAGCUUGGAAAGAACGCUUAAAUUGCAAGGGUACUACUGGCCAACCAUGAGAAAUGAUGCAAAGCAACUCGCUAUGGCAUGUCAUGCAUGCCAAACCCAUGCCAAAGAACACCACCUCCCAGCUACGGCAAUGCAAGGAAACGUCAGUCCCUGGCCCUUUGCCCAAUGGGGAAUGGACCUAGUAGGACCUUUCCCCAAAGCUUCGGGAAAAAGGAAAUACCUUAUCGUGGCAGUAGACUACUUCACGAAGUGGAUCGAGGCUGAGCCAUUGGCCACUAUCACGGCGAAACAAGUCGAAAGAUUCGUCUUCAACAACAUACUUGCGGGAUUCGGCAUUCCCAAUUCCAUCGUUACUGAUCAUGGCAAGCAAUUUGACUGCACAUCCUUCGCAGACUUUUGUCAAGAAUACAAUAUCCAGCUCAAGCUCUCAUCCGUGGCAUACCCAGAAGCGAAUGGACAGGCGGAAGCAGCAAACAAAACCAUACUUCAAGGACUCAAGAAGCGUCUCCAAGAGCAUAAAGGAAAUUGGGUAGAGGAACUACCCCAUGUACUAUGGGCGCUACGCACCACUCCAAAAAGCUCUACGGGUGAAACUCCAUUCGCCCUAACUUUUGGUGCGGAAGCGGUGACUCCCACGGAAGUUGCGUUGCCCACCCUGCGUGUUCAAUAUUUCAACGAAGGGAACAAUGUCAGCAUGGCUCAUGAACUAGACAUGCUAGAUGAGAGAAGGGUAGGAGCACUUCGGAAGCUGAUAGAGGACAAAGAGCAGCUGGCAAAAUACUAUAAUUCAAAACUGAAGCCUCACCACAUCGAAGAGGGAGACCUUGUGUUGAGAAAGGUAUUUCGCCCUAACCCCAAUCAUGGAAAGUUGGCUGCUAAAUGGGAGGGACCUUUCGUCGUAAGGGAAGUGAUAGGACCAAGCACUUUCAAGCUCGCCACCAUGGAAGCAGAACGUGUCAGCAAAACCUUGAACGCAAGGCACCUGAGAAAGUACGUGUGCGAGCAAGAGGCACAAGAGGAGUAAUCGGAAGAUUAACAUUUUGUAGGGAGGAGGAGCGCUCUCAAAGAGGCGUAGCCCGAAGACACCCUAAGGAAGACUCAAGUGUUGUUUUCUUUUUGCUUUACUUCAAAGGUAGACAUUUUUUGUAGGGAAGAGGGACGCUUUCAAAGGGGCGUAACCCAAGGACACCCUAAUAGAGUCCCUUUCGUUCGGUUUUAAUUUGUAAUAUUCGGAAUUUUCGGGUAAAGGGACACAUCCUGGCAGUACCCCAGGUAAUCCCCUAUCUGGCUAAAGGAAUGGAGAUUCACUAUUCAGCAAAGCAAAGUUGUUCCUGUAUCAGCAGGUAGAGUCUCCGCCAACUCGGUUUCUCCGUCAAGGAGAAGCCCAAACGUAUCACCUCCUUUUCAGGAGUACACGUAAGAAAAAUCAGGCUCGGCU